UUGACAAGUUUUGGUAUGUGGAGAUUCGCUCGGUGGUUUUGAUGAUUAAAACAUGUUUUAUCCUGGUUUUUAACGACACGUAAGAGUUCAGACACCAUGAAGUUCGACGCCUCGCAAUAAUUGCAUUAGAAAAAUGAUUUAAUGUAGGACAACUAGUUGACAACUCACAUAACCUAUAAAUUUUGUAAAUAGGAAAUAGGCUAAAAUGAGUGCUUUGCUUAGAUACAUUAGUUCUGUGGGGUGGCACAGGAUUUUGUUGGUGUUCUUGGCCCUAUGGCUGAUUAUAUUGGUGAUAACUGGCUUUCCCAUGUUGAAUAGUGGGGCCUCAUCAUUGCAAACCAAAACUGAAGAACGACUGGCCAGAGCCCUGGCUGAUUUGGAUGCCUUGCAAAGGCAGAACAUCGAAUUGCAAGAAAUAUUUAAGGAUAUUACUGUAAAUAAUCUAAAACAAGACCAAUCAGAGGCGAUAGCAAACUUCCAAAUGCGCCUGACAAAAGCGGAGCACAGCUUUUCGAAAAACAAUCUGGGCUACAUAAGCCCAAAAGAGGAGCCCAACACGCAGUACGAGCAGCUGCGCAGACGUAUUUUCACCAACGCGCAGGAGUUCUGGUACUUCGUGCACUCCGGAUUGGUGGAGCUGCAGAAAAAAACGAAAGACGUGUCUCCGGACGUGUCGGAGAGUCUGAGUUACAUGAUUAGCACCGGGUUCGAGCACAAAAGGAGUUUGGUGCGGGAUAUUGCGCAGAUUGCCGAAGUGGACGGGUAUUCGAUAUGGCGCGAAAAAGAGUCGAACGAUUUGAGUAAUCUGGUGCAGGAGAGGUUUGCCUACCUACAGAAUCCGCCUGAUUGCGCUACGGCGAAAAAAUUGGUCUGCAACUUGAAUAAGGGUUGCGGCUAUGGGUGCCAACUCCACCACGCGGUCUACUGCUUCAUGGUGGCUUACGGCACCAAAAGAACCAUGAUUCUGAAAUCGAAAGGCUGGAGGUACCACACGGGCGGCUGGGAGGAGAUUUUCAAGCCCGUCAGCGAGUCCUGUACGGCCCCUAACGGCGCCAGCAUAAGCAACUGGCCGGGGAACCCCGAAACGCAAGUUAUAAACCUGCCCAUCAUCGAUUCCCUGUCUCCCAGACCUCCGUUUUUACCGUUGGCGGUUCCUGAAGAUCUAGCACCAAGAUUGACUAGAUUACAUGGGGAUCCUAUAGUUUGGUGGAUAGGACAGAUAUUGAAGUAUUUGUUGAGGCCUCAGGAUAAAACGCAGUCUAUUAUACAGGAGACUAUGACUAAGAUGGGUUUCCAGAGGCCCAUUGUAGGCGUACACGUUCGUAGGACGGACAAAGUGGGCACGGAAGCCUCCUUUCACAGCAUCGAAGAGUACAUGACGAUCGUGGAAGAGUACUACAAUCAAAUGGAACUGAACGAGACGGUGAAAAAGCGCAGGAUUUACCUGGCCACGGACGAGCCGCGCGUCAUUCAGGAAGCGCGCACGAAAUAUCCGCACUACGAGAUACUCGGCGAUCCGAGUAUAUCGAAGACGGCCGCCAUCUCGACCAGGUACUCGGACUCGUCGCUGUUCGGCAUCGUGUUCGACAUACACAUGCUGUCGAUGAGCGAUUAUUUGGUUUGCACGUUCUCCUCUCAGGUGUGCCGAGUGGCGUACGAGAUAAUGCAGAACUACUACCCGGACGCGUCGGCGCGCUUCCGCUCGCUGGACGACGUCUACUACUACGGCGGGCAGAACGCGCACAACGUGGUCGCGGUGCUGGCGCACGAGCCGAAGCGCGCCGGCGAGAUGUCGAUCAACGUCGGCGACUCGAUCGGCAUCGCGGGGAACCACUGGAACGGCCUCAGCAAGGGCAUGAACGCGCGCACCAAUCAGAUCGCCCUGUUCCCCGGCUUCAAGGUCAAGAACAAGAUCGAGACGGCCAAGUUUCCCACCUACAGCGAAGCCAACAGCCAAGGUGGGGAUGCGGAGGUUAACGUGGCACCCGAAAAACCGAAAGUUGAUCCCGGCGCAGGCACGGUCGGGAACUGGGCCAGCGCCAGGGCCGGCGUCGGCAUCCGGACGGCCGCCGCGACGCCCAGAGGAGGGUUGCAAAGUCUGGCGUCGUCAGUCAGUAGCCGCGUCGAAGGCGUCCCUUCCGCACACGCAAACGCCAGGCACAAACACACGAACGAGACGCGCCGGGCGCCGGAACGCGACACUAAAACGAUGCUCGACAUUCUUCUGACGUUCGAGUGA